GUGCCGCCCAGCCCAGGCCCCUCCCCUCCCCUCCCCUCCCCUCCCCUCCCCGCCCCUCCCCGUCCCUCCCCCGCCCGGGAGCGGCCCGGCGCUGCUCUCCUCUCCGCCCGCCGAGAUGGCGCUCGACCCCGCAGAUCAGCAUCUCAGACAUGUUGAAAAGGAUGUUUUGAUCCCUAAAAUAAUGAGAGAAAAAGCCCGAGACAGAUGUUCUGAACAAGUUCAAGAUUUUACCAGAUGUUGCAAGGAUUCUGGAAUCCUUAUGGUAGUAAAAUGCCGGAAAGAAAAUUCUGCAUUGAAAGAAUGUCUAACUGCUCAUUAUAAUGAUCCAGCAUUUUAUGAAGAAUGCAAAAUGGAAUACCUGAAGGAAAGAGAAGAAUUCAGAAAAACUGGAAUUCCUUCCAAGAAAAGGCUGCAGAAGCUUCCUACAAGCAUGUAGGCAAACACUCUGAUACUCAGAAGCUCUGAUACUCCUGGAAAUCAUCACCUGAAAUAAUGGACUCAAAGAAGUAUUUGCUUUGUCCUAAGUUAUGGAAAUAUUAAUUUUAUCUGGAAUAAAGAUUUUUUUUUUAA